AUGAAAAAAAGUUGAAAAAUAAAAAGUUCCGAAUAUUUCCGAACUUGUUCAGCACUGACUGGCGUCCUGCGCGAGGGUGUAUUCCAGGGACGAAGGACAGCAUUCGCUUACGACCACAUCACGUUGAAAACACGCCAUCCCGUCCGAUCUGGCAAGUUAAGCAACGUUGAGAGCCGGUAGUACUUGGAUCGGAGACGGCUUGGGAAUUCGGCUUGCCGUAAGCUUUUUGCUUUUCUUUUCCAUCCAAAAAUAUUAAAUUACAAGUUUUUUUAAGGAGUCUGAAGUUUCUGAGUUGCUUUUAUAAUUUUGAAGAGUUGGCUUGAGAAGAAAUUCACUUUUAUUUUUUUGUGUAUUUCUAGAAGCCAUGUCUGUUUGCUCUUUUACACGAACUCUUUCUAUGAAACCAAAAAUUGAAAAAAAUAAAAAAAGUUCCGAAUAUUUCCGAACUCGUUCAGCACUGACUGGCGUCCUGCGCGAGGGUGUAUUCCAGGGACGAAGGACAGCAUUCGCUUACGACCACAUCACGUUGAAAAACACGCCAUCCCGUCCGAUCUGGCAAGUUAAGCAACGUUGAGAGCCGGUAGUACUUGGAUCGGAGACGGCUUGGGAAUUCGGCUUGCCGUAAGCUUUUUGCUUUUGUUUUCCAUCCAAAUAUAAUAAUUUUCAAGUUUUUAAGGAGUUUGAAGUUUCUGAGUUGCUUUAUAAUUUUGAAGAGUUGGCUUGAGAAGAAAUUCACUUUUAUUUUUUUGUGUAUUUCUAGAGACUCACUUCUGUUUGGGCUUUCUGCAACACUUUUUUUCUGCAAACAUGAAAAAAAGUUGAAAAAAAUAAAAAAAGUUCCGAAUAUUUCCGAACUCGUUCAGCACUGACUGGCGUCCUGCGCAAAGGUGUAUUCCAGGGACGAAGGACAGCAUUCGCUUACGACCACAUCACGUUGAAAACACGUCAUCCCGUCCGAUCUGGCAAGUUAAGCAACGUUGAGAGCCGGUAGUACUUGGAUCGGAGACGGCUUGGGAAUUCGGCUUGCCGUAAGCUUUUUGCUUUUGUUUUCCAUCCAAAUAUAAUAAUUUUCAAGUUUUUUUAAGGAGUUUGAAGUUUCUGAGUUGCUUUAUAAUUUUGAAGAGUUGGCUUGAGAAGAAAUUCACUUUUAUUUUUUUGUGUAUUUCUAGAAGCCAUGUCUGUUUGCUCUUUUACACGAACUCUUUCUAUAAAAACAAAAAAAUUGAAAAAAAUAAAAAAAGUUCCGAAUAUUUCCGAACUCGUUCAGCACUGACUGGCGUCCUGCGCAAAGGUGUAUUCCAGGGACGAAGGACAGCAUUCGCUUACGACCACAUCACGUUGAAAAACACGUCAUCCCGUCCGAUCUGGCAAGUUAAGCAACGUUGAGAGCCGGUAGUACUUGGAUCGGAGACGGCUUGGGAAUUCGGCUUGCCGUAAGCUUUUUUUGCUUUUGUUUUUCCAUCCAAAAUAUAAUAAUUUUCAAGUUUUUUUAAGGAGUUUGAAGUUUCUGAGUUGCUUUAUAAUUUUGAAGAGUUGGCUUGAGAAGAAAUUCACUUUUUAUUUUUUUGUGUAUUUCUAGAAGCCAUGUCUGUUUGCUCUUUUACACGAACUCUUUCUAUAAAAACAAAAAAAAAAUUGAAAAAUAAAAAGUUCCGAAUAUUUCCGAACUCGUUCAGCACUGACUGGCGUCCUGCGCAAAGGUGUAUUCCAGGGACGAAGGACAGCAUUCGCUUACGACCACAUCACGUUGAAAACACGUCAUCCCGUCCGAUCUGGCAAGUUAAGCAACGUUGAGAGCCGGUAG